AUGUAUCAAGGACGUUACGUCGAACAAAGGAGGAAACAGACUAGGUGGGUAAUUAACCCUUUUCUAUCAAAUGAUGUAACAAAACCUCUGUCAUCAAGUCCAAGCAAAGAAAAUGGAGGCUGGAGCCCUAUGCCCAUAGCGGGUACCAUCAACAUCAAUAUCAUGGAUUCAUGGAACCCUUUGCAUUGA